AUGCGUCGCCAAUCCAACCACAUCGACGACUAUUCGCUCACCGAAUUCCAGGAGUUGCUGACGGAUCUGCGGUUCACAUCGCUGAAGACCGCGAACCUGUCGACCAAUGUCGCUGUGGCCUUCCUGACUGGGAUUCCGCACGUCUCUCGCAGGACGUGUGAUUCGAGCCUAUCGCGAAUGCCGACGUACAACGACAGCUAUGUUCCGGGGACUCCGUAUGAGAGCUACCCACUCGACCAGGACCGCAUCAUCGAGCUCGAGGAGGAGCGUAUCGAGCGCCAGUACACCGUCGAUGGGGACGAGGGCAGGAGCUUCCGUCGCAGCAACAGCGACGGGCACCAGCAGGAGGAGGAGCUUGGCGUGUCGAAGACCCGGAUGCGGUUGAUGCGCUGGCAGUCGCACAUCGCCAACAUGUGGCGCCGUUACCGCGACCGGCGGUCGGACAUCCUGGCGGCGCCUGACAACCACCACAUGGGCCUCGAGAACCGGGAGACGCAGCGACGCAAGAAGUUCUACAUCAGCUACGCGGAGCUCAUCAUCCCCAGCCAGGACACCUACAACCCGAACUUCAUGAACAUCCCGCUGCACUACGGCAUUGUCAAGGCCAGAGCGUGCGGCAACGCGAGCCCUGGCAACUCCGAUGUGUUCGACGCUCCGGAGGUCUUGUCUGUUGAGAUUUCGGACUUCGCGGAGAUCAACUCGCGUUUCCGCUUGGACAACGAGUGGCUGCACCCGACGCUAUCGCUCACCAAGCUCAGCCGCAUCAAACUCACAAUGUUCCUCGCUCCUCGCUUCGUGCACCAUCUGGACCCGUCCACGGUAUUUUCCGCGUGGAUCCUGUUCGAACGGCUGGUGAUAAAGGGCGUCGUCACUAAGCAGAACCGCAGGCUGUACGCCGCCACGUGCCUCGUCAUCGCCUACAAGUUCAACCAGGAUGGUGAGCACACCGCGGUCAACGAUGUCAUAGCCUACCUGUGCCGCGACCGUUCCAUCACGCCCACCGCCAUCUUCGCGUCGGAGAUGAAGGUGUUCACGCAACUCGAGUUCUCCCUCAAGCAGAGCUACAGCGGCAUGCGCCGUCAUGUACAACACUAUCUGGAGUUAAACCACAUCACGUUCAUGGACCUGUACGAGACGUCGGAGUCGACGUACUUGAGCCUCGAGGGCCCCCAGUAA